GGUAUGAAACAUAUACAAAUAUUGUAUUAGGGCCUUGCAAAUACAAAAAUUGGUAGGUGACAGUAUACCAAAAAAUGUGUUGGCUUCCUAGAAUCUGGAAAAGGAAUAUUUCGCAUGUGUGCGUGUGCUCUGUCGCACUGGUUUCUCAUUAUUUGUUCUAUUUUUAGACUGAUCAUGGCAGCAGCGGCGGCAUCAAAUACCAAUACAUGUUUAAAAAGAAAUAUGCGCGGCGGCGGGAAUCGAACCGAGGCACUAUCAUGAUGAUACACAGUAUCCUGCGCUCUAACCAGCACUGCUAUAACUGCACAUGAAUAGACAAGAGGCUGAAAGCCAUCAUCAUCAACACAAACGUGGCUUGGUGAUGGAAGUGAUACAGCCGCCACACUGCACAAUGGGUCCAGAGCCGUAUUUGCGAGGACAAAACUGUUUAAGCUUCAGCUUUAAGUUUUUAGACACAUAUAGUGUUUUAGAAAGUUUAUUUUCAAUUGUUGACCCUAUUCCCUAUUAUUGUUAUGUUAGGGUGGUUCGUCUGGUUAAACUGAUUCAAAAAUCUGCUUUCUAAUAAUUUUAUUUGCAAUGCCAUGAUGGAUGGUGAUGGAUCGUUUAAUUAGAAAUUCCACCAAUAAACGGCAAAUUCUAAAUUUCAUAUAUCUCAGGACUCUCACCACUUAGAAAGUUGGUGUCUUCGACAACGUUGUUAAGUGAGUCAAAGGCUUACAGUUAAUGUUCCACUAGGCGGCGCUAGUUACACAUUUGCAAAAUCAUUCAAAUGAUUGAUAUUUUUUUCGUGAAGUAAUCAACUAGCUGUAAGUUUGUUUUCUUUGAACGUGUCUAAGUCAAGUCAAAGGUUUUUCAAAGAGCUAUGUAUUAGUCAUAAUUGUGCAAUGUCGCAUUUCAUUCGGUUCACUUGAUCCAGAGAUAUAACAAUUAAACGAAGAACACUCAAAUAUGAACUACUUUAUUAGAGUUGCUCCAAUUUUAUGUAAAGUUAUCCAAUCAAGCCCAAAUUUGUACCGUUUAUAGCUUACUAGUUGUGCAACUGACAGGAAAAAAUUGAGAAUAUUUGGUGCAUUUUUGAAAAAGUUACAGCUUGCUGAAUAUAUUUGAAAUAAUAAAUAAAAGUUGCAUGCUUCAAUUAAUUCGUAACUAGCGCCGCCUACUGACAGAACCUUGAACCAAUCAGCUAAUCAACUGAGCGGCCGUAACCAACCUAACAACAUCGCCGAAGACAUCAACUUUCUAAGUGAUCUGAGUCCUGAGAUAUAUGGAAUAUAAUAUUUGUUUAAGUUUUAAAAAUUGCCUAAAACAUUUUUAGCAAGUUGUAUCCUUUUAUAAAGUCCACCAAAACUAUUCAACCUUUUUAUUUUUAUUACUUGUUCCUCAACGAGUUUGAUUUAACUGGUGCAAAUUUGGGCUUGAUUGAUUAUUCAACUUUACACGGAAUUAGAGCCCUUCUAUCUAUAUGUAGUUUUUGACUUCCGUUUAUCAAAUUACUGUACCUUAGGACUAAGCGAACCGAAUUAAAUUAAAUUUUGAAAGUUUGUGGAGUUUGUGUGUAUUGGUCUUCAUGUAUCGUUGGACUCGACUAAAAUAUGACCAACGGCAAAAAAGUUGCAAUUUAUUGAAAACUUUUCGAAAAGUUCUAAUGAUUCGAAUGUUUUAUCCAAGGGCUGAAAGUCUCUUGAAUAAAGACAAAUCAAUCAAAUCAAUCGAAUGUUUUAUUUUUGUAAAUUGGCUAUAACUUUGUAAAACAUUCUGAUAUUGUAUAGAGAAUAAUUAAUCAGCAGAUUUUUGGAUAAGCCACACUUGAUUGACCGUAAUCAUUUCACAAUAAUGAAAAAAAGAAAUGACAGAACUUGGUAGAAACAUUUUUGUCUUCGUAAAUACGACUCUAGACCCAUUGUGCACUGAAAAGCCCGCAUCCAGCAGGUUGCUGUUUGCAAGUGGAAAAUUCCAUGUAGACAAUAGGACGCGAAGCUCAGCAGCGAAGCGAAAGUUAUUUUUAGACGCAACCCGGUUCAACUUCUCGGGUUUGAAUGGAGGUGUUUGUGUGUAGUGGUAUGGAAGCUAUGGAACCGUGUAGCGCAUCUUAAUACAACGAAUGGAUUAUGAUUUAUCACAUUUUCUGUACGUUUCUAAUACAUAAAUUGGUAGAAAAGGCAUAUCUCAAUUUUUGGUAGCUUUUCUUGUUUUGCGUGUUGGCAUAUUUCGAUCCAAACUUGGAAACUUUUCUAGUUGCCGACGCAAGUCCAACGGGUCUUGGAGCAGUGUUAUAUCAAAAAGGACCUGACGGCGUUGGGCCCAUAUAUCCGAGGCGGUAAACGCACGGGUAUUCAGCAUGACCAUGCUGAGGGUGACGGGUUCGAUUCCCGGUCGGUCCAGGAACUUUUCGUUAAGGAAAUUUCCUUGACUUCCUUGGGCAUAGAGUAUCUUCGUGCCUGCCACACGAUAUACACAUGCAAAAUGGUCAUUGGCAGAGGCAGUUCUCAGUUAAUAACUGUGGAAGUGCUCAUAGAACACUAAGCUGAGAAGCAGGCUUUGUCCCAGUGAGGACGUUACGCCAAGAAGAGGAGAGGAGGACCUGACGGCGUUCUGAAAAUAAUAAGCUACGCAUCGAAGGCACUCUCCGAAGUUGAACGUCGAUACGCCCAGACAGAAAGGGAAGCCUUGGUAUGGGCUCCUGAAAAGUUUCACUUCUAUCUUUAUGGAAAGUUCUUCUGGUUGAUAACCGACCAUAAACCGCUAGUGACUAUUUUUGGAGAAAAAUCAAAACCUAGCGCCAGGAUUGAGAGGUGGAGACUGCGUUUGAUGUAUGACUAUUCAGUCAUUUACGAACCAGGAAAGAGCAAUAUUGCGGAUCCUUUGUCAAGACUUUGUCGGGAAAUACCAGAAUGCUAUGGAAGCUAUGAUGAAGAAAGUGAAAGAAUAGUACGGAUGGUGUCUACUGAUGUUUGUCCUGUGGCUGUUUCACUUAUGGAGAUUGUGGAAGCAACCAGGAAUGACAUUGAACUAUCGGAACUCAUUCGCUGGCUACCGUACCCGAAGAAAAGGUGGCCAAAAACUCGUAUGCGGUACAAACCAAUUGCAAGCGAUCUUUCAACUGAUGGAGGUAUUGUUUUGAAGAAUAAGAAGAUCAUUGUACCAAAAUCUUUACAAAUGCAUAUUUUGAAACUGGCUCAUGAACCUCAUCUAGGUAUCGUUGCGAUGAAGAAAAGAUUGAGGGAAAAGGUAUGGUGGGUUCGAAUCGAUUUCAUGGUGGAAAAUUUCGUAAAAGGGUGCAACGGUUGCUUGCUGGUCUCACAGCCCGAAACUGAGCCGAUGGUUAGAACACCAUUGCCAGCAGGACCAUGGCAGAAAUUAGCGUUAGACUUCACAGAGGUCACAAAUGGUAUACAUCUUCUUGUUGUUGUUGAUUAUUUCACAAGAUUUCCGGAAAUUGAAAUAAUGACCAUCAUAACAGCAAAGGCGACAAUAUUCAAAUUACGAACGAUCUUCGCUCGAUUUGGAUUCCCUUGCGAAGUCAUAUGUGACAACGGACCUCCAUUUGGAUCAGAAGAAUUUGUCGGCUUUUGUGAAGCGUCUGGUAUAAAUCUCAAGCAUUCUGUACCAUACGCUCCAUUUCUGAAUGGGUUGGUGGAACGUUAUAAUCGAACACUCUUGAAGUCCGUCAAAAUAAGUGUUGCACAAGGAAGAGACUGGAAGAGCGAUCUGUAUGAUUUCUUGUUAGCUUAUAGGAACACACCGCAUUCUAUUACCAAUGAAACCCCAGUAAAAUUGAUGUUUGGUCAUAACUUGAAGGACAAGCUACCAGAUUAUUCGGAUAGUACGGAGCAAGGAUCAAGAACUAAUAUGAUGAAAACAGAUACAGACAAGAAGGAAAAGGGUAGGAUCUAUGGAGAUAAUAGAAGACGAGCUAAGCAUUCAACGAUUGAUAUAGGAGACCACGUAGUAGUAAAGAAUUUCUUGAAACGUAGCAAGCUAACGCCAACAUUCGACCCUCAACCAUACAUAGUUACGAAGAAGAACGGAACCCGUCUUACCGUGAAAAACUUGCAAACCGGAAUGGAGUACGACAGGCACAUCAACCAUACAAAACGUUUAACUUGUAGCAGCCCAUUCUUCAACCUUGAACAAUCAACCCUAGUUUUCGAUGAAAUGGUAAAUCCAGAUCAAAUAACAUCAAGAAAUUACCCAGCACAAGCUAAAGAUGGGGCAUCGGCUGAUUCGACGUCUACAGGACCAGUGAGAACUAGAAGACAUCGUGAAGCUCGAAAACCAGAAUAUUUCAAAGAUUAUUUACUAUAUAAAUGUGAUAGAAUGUAGUAGAACUGUUCAAAGAUAAUUGAAUACAAUAUAACUAAUUUAAAAUUAGAAAGAAGGAUAGAUGUAGUAUUGUAGUAGGCUGAUAGAACAUGAUUAAUCAAAGUAGGAGCUGGAAUAAAACAUUCAUUCAUUGUUGUGACUUGCACCGUUUCAGUCCUGUUUCAUUUACUGUCCGGAUCCGAACGCCUGGGACCAAGCCAAGGAAUCGCUACA